AAAUAGUAUAAUUACUUACCAACGACGCGAAUUGGCUGGCGGGUGCGAGUGAUUAAUUUCGAUCCUUCCAUAGAAAGAUAAAGAGAGAGAGAGAAAAGCUUGCAACUUUGACGAUUUCGACAUCUAAAGGAUUGUAAUUGACCGCAAGAAAAAGAUUCCUCCCUCUCCCUCCCUCGGGUACACACGUCUCUUUGAACUCCCUUUUUGUUGUUCUUUGUUUGAUUGAUUGAUUCCUCAGGUUUAGUCCUUUGGACCCAUUUCUAGGUUACCCUUUUACGAUUAGGAUCGAAAAGUGUUUCCUUUUUCCGUGACUAUAUACAAGUUUUUGGUUCUUGGUUUUCGUGUUUUGUCUCAAUUAGCUCAUCAAAGCAAGAAUCUUUCAUUCAUGACGACCAAUUUCGAUGACUCUUCAAAGCAACUCGUCUUGCUUGCAUCUGUUUGUUCCGGCAUCCUCAUGUGCAAAAUCGUUUAUGACUUGACUGGUUUCAUAAGUCCUUUGCUCUUCAGUGCUUAUGGGAAACUCGACGGCAAAGUUAGAAUGGAAUGGAACAACAGGGGAUUCUCAACGUUCCAUGCUGUUUUUGUUUCGGUGGCUUCAAUCUAUCUCCUGGUGAUUUCAGAUCAGUUUGAUGAGAGUGUUCAUGGUGAUUCGGUCAUCAAUAGUACAACGAGGUUAUCCGAAUCUGUAAUGGGGAUCUCCUUAGGCUAUUUUGUAGCAGACUUAAUGAUGAUCUUUUGGCAUUUUCCUACUCUUGGUGGUGUUGAAUAUGUUUUCCAUCACUGCUUAUCGAUGUUCUCCAUCAUUCUCUCUGUCACAAGUGGACAAGCGCAGUUCUACAUAUUCAUGGUUCUCUUGUCUGAGGCCACUACCCCGUUUGUCAACCUACGGUGGUACUUGGAUGCUAGUGGUCAAAAAGGCUCUAAGGCUUACACACUCAAUGGGAUUGCCCUGUUCUUGGGUUGGCUGGUCGCGAGGAUCCUUUUGUUUAUCUACUUCUUUGUACACAUGUACUCCCAUUUCCAUCAGGUGAAGCAAGUGUUUCCACUGGGGUUUUACAGCCUUAUUGCGGUUGGACCGGUCCUGUCGGCGAUGAAUCUUCUUUGGUUCUGGAAAAUCACCAAAGGAUUGAUCAAAACAAUCUCCAAGGCGACGGGAAAGAAAAAACAGUGAUGGUCUCUGCUUGACAUGGAAAAAAAAGAUUGGGAUUGCAUUGACUUUGAUCUGUUCAUGAAAAAAAGAUCGAUUGAUAUCAUAUUGGGACGUGUCUUUGAAGCCUUUUCGGUUUUUAAGACUGCCUUUAUAUGGGAAUUGUAUAUUCACAACCUUUCAGCUGUUUCUUAGGUAUUCAACUUGUAAAGUUUUAAGCAGAAUCAGUGUUUAAGGUCACUCGGAUUUUAUUGAUGCUUCUUUUAUCA